AUGGCGGGGCGGGGCGCACGAGGUGCUUCUCGCGGGACGGAAGCGCAGGGCGCGGCUCUGCAGCGGGCGCUUGGGCUGCUGUGCGGGCGGUUGGCGGCGGUGGGGGCGUCGACGGCGACGCCCGAGGUGCUGGUCGCGGCGCACCGGGGCGUGCGGGCCGCGGGAGAGGGCCUGUGGCGCGUCCUGCACGACGUGAGCCUCGCGCGCCUUGCUGGGUUCCCGCAGCACGAUCCCAAGGCGCUCGCGAGGUUUUGGGCGAAUGCCGAGCUCGAGGGCUACGUCGGCGUCCCUUACGCGGCGAAGCAGGUGGCAGCUCAUUACGUCAACGCGUGGGGAUACCCGGGGCCGCGCAUCAGCCCCGGACCGCCCCCGGAAGACGACGACGGUGCUGCGGCGAGCCCGCGCGCAGCCGAAACGGCCGCGCCGUCGACCCCUCAGGAGCUCCUCGCGGCGCUGAUCUUCCUCGUCGACCUCGCAGGCCUCCUCGGCACCGGCCCGGCCCUCUACGACCCCGUCAGCUCCGCGUCCGAGCCACUCCCGCCAUGGCCGUGCACACUCGAGACGACGCCCGCGGCGCUGAGCGCCGCGCUCGACGCCGCGGAGGACGCCGACCGCUUCGCUCAGCAAUGCCGCGCGCCCGUGGACGCCAGCGACUGGGCCGGCGUCGAGGCGCUCGCGCACCGGGCGAUAUUCCUGCACACGCGCACGCGGGCCGCGAUGUCCGCGCUGGGCGCCGCCGUGGCGUGCCGCGCGACGAGGAUCGCGGAGGUAGCCGAGGCGACCGCGCACGGGCGCCACAUGACCCCCUACGAGCUGCACGUGACGCUGAGCCGGGGCAGCGCGGAGCGGCACCAGGCGGCGUUGGAGGCGGCCACCGCGACGCUGUCGGCGGCGGCGGCGCGGGAGGAGGCGGCGGCGGUGCUGAACGCGUGGGCCGCGGCCGGGCUGGGCGCGACGGGGCGGGAUCUCGCGCGGUGUGCGCGCGAUGCGGUGUCAGCGAGGGGGGGGGGUGUCGGGGGCGUGAUUGGCGCCGCGGAGGCCGCGGCGCGCAUCGCAGCGCUCGAGGACCGAUGCGAGGCACUGCUUCAAGAGGCAGCGUUAGACGACUCCGGCACCGUCGCCGACACAGUUCCGCCGCUCUCGGCGUUCCUGCGCGCCGCCGCGGCCGUCCGGCGCCUCCCGCGCGAUCCGGUACCCAUGGACGCGCCGUGCGGCGCGGAGGACGCGGACGUCGCGGCCCUGCCGGCGGACGUGCAGCGCUGCAUCACCGGCGCGCUCGCGGCGCGGGGUGCGGCCAGCGACGGCGCGGCCGCGGCGCAGAAGGAGCGGCGCGUGGUGCGGUAUACGGUGGGGCAGGUGCCGGGGGGCGGGGUGCCGCUGGAGGGCGGCGAGCGGCCGUGGGCGGUCAGUCAUGAGGAGGGGGCGACGGCGGCGCUGCGCGUGCGAGACGAGGUGACGGCGGCGUCGCGCGAGCUCGCGGCGGCGCGGGCGGCGCUGACGCGGAGGGUCGAGGAGAUCGCGCGGACGAUCGGGACGGACGUGCGGUUCGUUGGCGUCCGGUGA